CAAAUGAAUUGCCUCUGCCGCUUUCAUAAUGCUGAAUCCUACAGCAACCGAAUUUCAACCGUCAGGUUCAUUUCAGCCGCAACCAAGCAAGUCCAACCCUCAAUCCAACAUAAAUAGUACUCCGCAACAAAAGUCAAAAGCAAAGAAACAAACCGUCGAUAAUGGCAAGAAUGUUGGUACAGAGAGAAGGCACAGUAAACCUAGCCAAAAUAAACCAGAGGCAAAACGACAAGGAUCUGUUCCAGAUGCAGCGCAUGGUAGAAAAGGAUCUUCAUCGAAACAAAAUGAGACAAAAGCUAGAGUAGACGGCGGUAAAAGCCGACCAACCAACAAUAGAGUCGCAACCGCCGGCAAAAAUAAAGCAUUAGACCCAAGAGCCAACCUUAUAGCAUCAUCUAUCAAAACGAAAAGCACCAGCAAAGUUCAGCACAUGGAGCCUACAAGCUGUAUAGCCAUUAUGGAAGCAAUAGAGCCCGUUAACCUUGUGACUGGAGAAGGAUCAGCCCUAGCCAUUGCCAAUGGAUGUGAACUAUAUGUACAAUGGAUUGGACGCUGUUUACAGAAGCAUGACGAGGUUACGCUCAUUGGAUUCGAUCAAGGUAGUUGCUUUCGAUCUUUCAGACUACAGGUUUAAACGACUGUAGUAGCACGGGUUUCUCACACUUGUAAAUUUAAUUUAGCCAUCAGCGACGCCAUAACAAUUGUCAGCAUUCUCCAAGAUUCGGAUAUUGCCAGAUACCACGAAGUGGAGACUUUCAGCUUAGAAGAAAGCCGUGGA